GGUCCCUUUGUCGUGGGACAGGUGUCGGCCUGAGCCGGAGCUCAGGAUCUAGGAAACAGCAUAGCCCUUAGGGGGUUCUGGAAGGAGGCCGAGAGAAAUAUCAGGAUGUGGGCCCCGUGCUCAGCGACUGGAGAGGGAGACCCGCACUCAGGGCUCAGAGGGACACGUGAAGGCCAAGAAGCACGGACCCGGGCGUUAGAGGUGGCCGUGGCCCCAAGUGCUGGCAGGCACAGCCUCCUAAGUGAGGAGUCUGUUGUUUUCAACCAUCUGCUUUAUCCGAAGACUUCCAGCCGAUAAGCGGGGGAAGCUCAAACACCGUCUUGUCUGAGUCGGGGACUUGAAGUGCACAUUCUUUCCCGGCAGGUGUCCCGGGGGGCAGGAUGGCCCAGGAGCUCAGCGAGAAGGACCUGUUGAAGAUGAACGUUGAACAGCUCAAGAAGGAAGUGAAGAACACAAGAGUUCCGAUUUCCAAGACGGGAAAGGAAAUCAAGGAUUUUGUGGAGGCUGAAGCAGGAAAUGACCCUCUUCUCAAAGGCGUCCCCGAGGACAAGAAUCCCUUCAAGGAGAAAGGCGGUUGUGUGAUAAGCUGACGGCCCUGGGGCCUCCUUGCCCUGAACGUCCGCCCCUCCUCAGCCCCACUCUCCACCAGGACGCGAGUGUCCCCGGACGCCCAGGGAGCCAGGCAGUUUUCACCGUCUCUGGGCCACAGCAUGAGUAAAGACACCUGGCCGUGCACUUGGGGGUCCGUUCCCCAACCCCUUCGACUCUCCCCUCCUCCACCUGCUGGGUCACUGCUGGUCCCGCCUGGAGACCCUCUGAGGAGAGCCUCCUUGGCUCAGCAGCUGGCACCUUGUGCGGUGGGGGUCUGAAGAGCGUGCGACACCCUGAGACCCGAGACGGGAAUCCUUAGAGACAUCUGGGCCACCACAGGGCCGUCCUGUCUUCCCCUCCACUGUCUUCCGCAAACCGGCAUUCCUAUUCAGAGUAGUUUGGGUUGAGGGCCGGAGUAGGGGGUGGGGGGGGGGGGUGGUCCUUCUUCUUCGUCGUGUGUCCGAUCCCUUGGUCCUCCCCCUAGUCACUUUAGUUCGCCCCAGAGGGGCCUGAGGACAAAAAGAGCUUGGCAACUCAUGAUGUCAUGAUUUCUUUCA